CAUUACAGGGAUAUAAAGCAGGAGGUUACUGGAAAGAAUCACAAACUAACUUUUGGAACUGAAAAAUCUCAGAAGAAAGCUGGAGACUGACACAGAUCAGGGUCACUCCUCAAUUGUGCACCCUUCUGAGGCACUGCUUUUGUGAGGUGGGAAUGAUGACAGGGGCAAAAAGGAAAAGAAGCACAGUCUGGAGGAAAAUCCAGGCUGUUCGCUUUGAAGAUAUCAAAGCCUGGUGUAUGAGAAGGCUGCCCAUCUUGAAAUGGGUGCCUGUCUACAACUGGAAAGAAAGUUUGGUUCCUGAUACAGUUUCUGGGAUGAUGCUAGCCAUUCAACAGGUGACUCAAGGGCUGGCCUUUGCUGCUCUGUCUUCAGUCCAUCCAGUUUUUGGUCUAUAUGGCUCUUUCUUCCCUGUCAUAGUUUAUGCCAUAUUUGGAAUGGGACGUCAUGUUGCAACAGGAACUUUUGCUUUAACUUCCUUAAUAUCUGCCAAUGCAGUUGAGCGUCUUGUUCCUUCAGUCACCACUAAUUUCACUGCAAACAAUAAUUCGGGAAUUUUGGGCUUAUCGGAGUUUGAAAUGCAAAGGAUUGGAGUUGCAGCAGCAGUUUCAUUUCUAGGAGGAAUCAUUCAGGUAGCAAUGUUUAUGCUGCAGUUGGGCAGAGCCACGUUCUUGUUAACAGAGCCAGUAAUAAGCGCGAUGACAACAGGAGCAGCUACACACGUUGUGACUUCACAAGUGAAGUAUCUGCUGGGAAUGAAAAUGCCAUAUAUAUCGGGACCACUGGGAUUUUUUCAUAUUUAUGCCUACGUAUUUGAGAAUAUCAGAUCAGUUCAGCUGGAGGCUUUACUUCUCUCCUUGCUGAGCAUUGUGGUGCUUGUUCUUGUUAAAGAACUGAAUGAGAAAUUUCAGAGAGACAUUAAAGUUGUUCUUCCCAUCGAUCUACUUCUGAUAAUUGCUACAUCCAUUGCUUGCUACUAUGCUGAUAUGGAAUACGUCUAUGGCCUAGAAGUUGUGGGACAUAUUCCUAAAGGGUUGCCAUCACCGAAAAUGCCACCCAUGAAUGUCCUGCCUGAAGUAGUCACUGAAGCUUUUGGAGUAGCACUGGUUGGUUAUGUGGCCUCACUAGCUCUUGCUCAAGGCUCUGCUAAAAAGUUUAAAUACACUGUGGAUGACAACCAGGAAUUUUUGGCUCAUGGCCUCAGCAACGUGAUUCCUUCAUUUUUCUUUUGCAUACCAAGUGCUGCAGCGAUGGGACGGACCGCACUUUUGUACAGUACAGGCGCCAAAACACAGAUGGCUUGCCUUAUCUCUUGUGUACUAAUUCUUGUGGUGAUCUAUGCAAUUGGACCUCUGCUGUACUGGCUUCCUAUGUGUGUCUUAGCAAGCAUUAUUGUUGUGGGCUUGAAGGGGAUGCUAAUGCAGUUCUGUGACUUAAAAAAAUAUUGGAACGUGGAUAAAAUAGACUGGAGCAUAUGGGUUAGUACCUACGUGUUUACAAUAUGCUUUGCUGCCAACGUGGGACUGUUGUAUGGCAUUGUCUGCACUAUAGUAAUUGUGAUUUUCCGCUUUCCCAGAGCAAAGACGCUGAAUUUGAAAAAUGUGAAAGAAGUGGAAUAUAAAUACAAAGCAGAAGAUAAUUGUGAAUCAUUGAAACAGGUGAAAAUAAUUUCAGUCAACAAUCCAUUAGUCUUUCUGAAUGCCAGGAAAUUUCAUGCUGACCUGAUAAAGAUAAUCCAGAAGGAUAGCAUGAGCAGCCAGUGUGAGCAGAACACGUUGCUCUGUCCAUUUUCCAAUGGAAGUUGUCAUGGUGAAUCUGUGCAGUCAUGUCACAGUGAGAGAUGUGUUUUAAUAUUAGACUGCAGUGGACUGAAUUUCUUUGACUACACUGGAGUCUCAGUGCUUCUUCAGAUUUACAUGGACUGUAAGAACAGACACAUCAAUGUGUUGCUAGCACACUGCAAAGCUUCCUUGAUAAAAGCAAUGCAGUACGGUGGAUAUCUUGAAUCUGAAAAUCCUGUCUUUUUUGAAUCUAUUUCUUCAGCAAUUGAUGCCAUUCAAAUUCACAGGAAUUACAGCAAGUACAGUGAACAGAGUGAAGUGUGAUGCCCACUCAUUGAGUAUGGCUAGUUUCAUCUGCUUAUAUUCAGAAUGAACUACAUCAUGGUUUCUCCUUAGGUUUUUUUCACCAGUGGAUCUCAUAGAUGAUCUUUUGUAUACCAUAUAUAUUUAGUACAUUCAGUAAUGAUUGAUCUGCCAUUCAGAAAGAAAGUCUUUCAGCUGCUAUCACUCAGAGAAUGUUCAUGCAAUUGUUCUAUAGUGGUUUUAUAUAAUAUUUUUAUAUCUAGAUAAAAAUUACAUUUAGAUAAAAAUUAUUAAGAAGUAGACAUGAGGUAUUGACUGUGUUUACCAGUGAGAUAUAUUCUUCUAGAUAUCUUUUAUCAUACCAUUAGUUGUAAUGUGCCUCUGUAGUUUUGUGUAUGAAAUAGAGACAUUUUGAAUUCUUAAAAGAGUAUGUUAUCAUUGAUAGAGUAUACGCAGGGAGCUAUAUACCAAUGCAUACUGUUUCUAAUGUCUUUACUUACCCUUCCUUCUGUUCAAGACAGCCAUUUGCCGUGACAGCAUCAUAUCAUAGCUAUCAUAUGCUUCCAUUUUUCAUUCUUGUCUUUGUAUACUUUUUAAUGCCUGCCCAGGUCCAUGGGAAAACUGUGUAUGCAGAGAAGGCAGUUGCAUGUUGAUUAAGUGCCCCUUAGAUUGUCCCCCUCCUCUAGUAGUUGUCAUGAGUUAUAAGUUGCUACAUUUUCAAAGCCACAGGUGUUCUUUAGCUCAGACUGAAGAGGAAAAACUUUUUCUUGUUUCCAGCAUAGAAUAGUCUUUAUUUCCAGUUUGAGCUGUGAUUUGUUUGGUAUUGAAAUCUUCAGCUAUGGCAGCUGAGAGAUGACAGUGGAGACACAUAAAGUGUGUGCCACAUUUCAGCCUUAAUCCUGAUUAGGGAUGUGCAGUACUGUGUGUGAACACACAAAGUGGAUGGAGGAAUUCACAGGUUGAGUAUUUGGUUUGUAUUUGUAGAUUGUCAGCAAUCAUACUAGAUUAUACUAUCACAUCAGUAUCAUGUUAAUGGCAACACAUCGAGGCCUUCCAGUACCUGAAGGGAGCCUACAAGAAACAUGCGGAGAGAGUAUUUACAAAAGCAUGUAAUGACAGAAGGGGGAAUGGCUUCAAAUCAAAAGAGAGUAAGUUUAGCUGAGAUAUUAGAAAAAAAUUCUUUACUGUGCAGGUGGAGAGACACUGGAACAGGUUGCCCAGAGAAGCUGUGGAUGUCCUAGGCCUGGAAGUGUUCAAGGCAAGGUUGGAUGGAGCUGUUAGCAAUUUGUUCUAGUGAAAGGUGUCCCUGCCCAUGGCAGGGUGUUGUAACUAGAUGAUCUGUAAGCUCCCUUCCAACCCAACCAUUCUAUGAUACUACGUACAACUUUUCUGCUCUUGCCUUUGUUGCCAUAUGUGAACACCAGCAAUAAAAUGCGAGCUGAACAAAAAGGAAUCAAAAAAUGAGAAAGGAUGAGGUAGUAGGAUUUUUUUCUCACUGACUUAAAAAAUCUGUUGAAGCUAACUGCCCUAAUGGCCAUCUUAGCACUACAGAGAGGAGGGAAGUACAAGAGUGCUUUGUGCAGCUGGAGUCUAGAGGAAAAAUCUAAUGCUGUGUUCUGUUUUCAGCAGCAGUUACACAUGUAUGCUUGUCUGGGCCAUCCUUGCUCUGUCUGCCCAAAGCUGCUGCCUGAAGGAGAUGAGGUGGCUCGUGGAGUGACUUUCAUCUCCCUGCAUAUAGUUGUGUUAAGACAUUGAUAAGCUUUUCUUCUAGUCUUGAUAAUUACACACUGCUAGAUGACAAUGGGAGAGAGCCAUGGGGUUUUUUGCCUUUUCAGUUAUGAGUAACUCUUGGAGUUAUUCCCCACUUUAUCUCACAGAUGACCAGAAACGUUCUGUACAUAUUCUUCUGAAACUGCUUUCAUAAUUACUAUGCAAAAGGUUGAUAAAUAACUGUGAGAAGCUCAUUAUACACAGAAGAAAUAAAUUCCGUAUAUUGUCCCAAGUGCAUUAAUUUCAGAUGCUGUAGUUGAUUGCAAAUGACUCUUUACAUCAUUGGACUCAGUAACAGGCUAUAACAUUUGAUUAAUAAUUUCCUCAAACAGUUUUAGUAAUUUAUUAACACUUUAGAAACUAUUUACAAUGUACUUUAAUUGUAGAAGCAUCAAUUUUAUGUCAUGGCUGAAUGGAGAUUUCUACUUAACUGCGAACUGAAUAAAUGAAUAAAUGGUA